AUGUGUAGUCAUGUGAAGCAUGAGGUUUACACUCUGAUUGAUGAGAAUGAUGAUGAGUGUUUCGAGAAUCAGAAUGCUUUUGUUGAUGUUUAUUGCAUAGGUUCAGCAUUUAACAUAAAGGGAGCAAUGCAGUGCCCUAACUGCCGGAAAAUUGAGAAAGGACAAUGGCUCUAUGCAAAUGGUGGUCGUCAGUUACCUGAGUUUAGCAUGGAUGAUUGGCCGCAUGAUGAGGAUCUGCAUGAUCUAAGUUAUUCUGAAAUGUCAAAUUGCAUAGGUUCAGCAUUUAACAUAAAGGGAGCAAUGCAGUGCCCUAACUGCCGGAAAAUUGAGAAAGGACAGUGGCUCUAUGCAAAUGGUGGUCGUCAGUUACCUGAGUUUAGCAUGGAUGAUUGGCCGCAUGAUGAGGAUCUGCAUGAUCUAAGUUAUUCUGAAAUGUCGGUUGGAGUUCAGUGGUGUCCUUACAGCGGUUUAACUAGACUUCCGUCAUCUUCCGAUGAAGGUGAAUUUUCAUCCAGUGCGUACCAAGAUCUUGUCGGACACCAUGCUAUCUUUGCGGAACAUGCACCCAUGUCCUCUGCAACUCAUCCUUGUCCAUAUAUUGCAUAUGUUGGAACAUUCCACCCACCCUUUUCAACAUCAAGUGGGAAUACGCGUGAUGGGUCCAGUUUUAGUAAUCACUGGAGUGGGCUGUCUUCUGCUCCUAGUGAAGUACCAAACUCCUAUGUUUUCCCUUCAAUGGAUGGUCAUUAUCACCACAAUUGGGAACACCCUUCUCAUUUUGCUGCAAGCAACCGAAUUGGUAGCGCAGAUCAACCGCCUAUUCCAUCUCUCGCUCAGAGGACAGCUAGGAGUUCUGAUAUUCCAACACCUGGAAUGCAUCCUUUUAUUGUUGGUCGCAGUGCUUCCACCUUACCCUGGACCUGUUGCCCAGCAAUCCAUUGGUGCACCAGUAGCACGCACCUCUUUAGUUUCCACCGGAUGAAGAUCCGGCAGCCAUAGGGGUUUACCUCAAGUUAGCCCAGUGGCCACAUCAUCAGAUGGGUUUUAUUUCUUUUCCUCCAAUCCAUCAGGAUGAAGUUUUCAAGAUGCCGAAAAUCCCCCACACGACCACUUUCAUGGUUGGGACCGUGAGCAGCAGCCAGGCUUCACCUUGAAUCAGCUUGAUAGGGAUGCAAUAUGGACGUCUUUUCACCCUUCAUCUGAUUCCGGUGUCAGACCAGGCAAUUUCCGGCAGAGGCAUGGGUCUGAGAGGAUGCCAUCUCAAAAUCAAACGUAAGUGUUAUAUCGUUGGGAUGAAACUUUGAUGCCUCUGGCUCACAACUAAGGAGUGAGAACCCAACCCGAACAUAUAUAUGCUUGAGCUAAGGACAGUCUGUCUAUAAUGUCUAAAAUUAUGGUGAUGGAAUUCCUCUUGUUUCUAUGCCGUUGAGGUAAAUAACACAUGUUUUUAUAUCA